CCAUGGAAACUGUUGGAAGCGGAAAAGAUUUGGUCGAUGAAUAUUUGCGGUUCGGGUGUUCGUGUGGGUAUCUUCGAUACUGGUUUGGCCCCGACCGCCAGUCAUCCACACUUUCAACGUGCUCGUAUUCAAGAACGGACUGAUUGGACAUCGUCUGAUGAUCAAGAUUCAUUGCUUCGA